GUACAGGGCAGGGCCGGGCUGGGCCGGAGGCGCCGUCAGAGGGAGAACACCAGGCGCGGCGCGGGCGGUUCCGGCUCCAGCUCCGGCCCGGGAGAGGCGCGAUGGCUAGCAGCGAGAGCAGCCACGCCGCGGACAGCGCCCUGGGCUCCGACGCGGACGAGGAGGCGACCCGGGGGCCGGACACUGAGGAGGAGUCGGGGGGCGAGGAGGACGGGACGGCCGCGGAGUCGGACUCGGAGCCGGAGCCGGAGCCGGACGCCAGGUUAUCAGACCAGAAUGAAGAGGGCAAGACUAAGCAGAAGUGUAUCAUAUCUGACCCCUCCUUUUCCAUGGUAACAGUUCAACGGGAAGAUAGUGGAAUAACCUGGGAGACCAAUUCAAGUAGGUCUUCCACUCCUUGGGCCUUGGAAGAAAGUCAGACCUCUGGUGUGUGUAGUCUGGAAGGGUCAACUCUGAAGUCUCCUCCAGGGAAUGUUUCCUUUAUCGUGGAUGAAGUUAAAAAAGUUCGGAAAAGAAAGCCAAAGUCAAAGCAUGGCUCACCAUCAUUGCGUCGGAAAGGCAACAAAAAAAGAAAUUCUUUUGAAUCCCAAGAUGUUCCAGCAAACAAAACAAGUAAUCCUUUAAUUUCAGAAAGCCAGGAACUAAAGACCCAGAAAGAGAAGUCAUCUACUGGCAUUUAUGAUAAGAUGAGAAAAAAGAAGACCACCUCAAAUACACCUCCUGUUACUAGGGCCAUAUACAAAGAACACAAACCGUUAGUGUUAAAGCCAGUCUACAUAGGAACAGUACAAUAUAAAAUUAAGAUGUUUAAUUCUGUUAAAGAAGAAUUAAUUCCUUUACAAUUUUAUGGAACAUUGCCAAAGGGUUAUGUAAUUAAAGAAAUACAUUAUAGGAAGGGGAAAGAUGCGUCCAUUAGUCUAGAGCCAGAUUUGGUCAAUCAUGAUUCUAACGUAGUUUCCAAAACAGGCAAAUCAGUAGCCCAAAGCAUAGACAAUGAUGAAGUAAAAGAGCUUGCUCCACCCUGGAGAGGUGCAGUUUCCAAGGGAUCAAAGUCCCUGACCUCAUUCAGUCAUGAAGAUCUAAAGAAAAUUUACGUUGAUUCUCCCUUAAGGGCUGCAUCUACUACCAAGCACACACCUUCCUCUUAUACAAGUAAUGACACAGCAGAACAAGAAACACAGCUCAGCGCUCCACAGUCAGUGCCACAGCUGCCAGCUGAUGAAGCAAAACCCUGUGAGAUAGAGCCUUCCUCUCUUACACCUAAUACAUCUGCGCCUGCGUUCCUGGAAAAAGCAAAGGAAGAAUCUGAGGCUGAUUCACGAGAAAUGGUAACUGCAGAGCAUGACUCUUCAGUCUCACCGCCGUUAGUGGAUGAGGUAAAGAGGGAAGACGUAACUCCUGCUGACCGUUCCAUUCCACUGGAGGCAGAGAAGGGUUCUCUGGAAACACUUUCACCAGGUCUGACAGCCUCUAUCCAGGAAGAUUUUGGUCCAGAGAGAGAAGAACUGGAUCUGACUUCACCAGAAAGGGCAAAACCAGUCUCUGAACAACUGAACCCUCCUCAUCUCACUGUCAAAGGAGAGAAGGAUGAAAACAUGCCCGAGCCAUCCAUUUCUCUUUCUGAACCUCUAGUGUUAGAGGAACCAGAGAAAGAAGAAAUAGAAACACCUCUACCAAUAUAUGCUACCCCUGAACCUGAAGAUUCUAAUUUAGUGGAAAAGGAGAUCAUAGAACUUGAUUACCCAGAAAGUCCAUCAGUUUCUGAGGAGCCCUUCCCACCAUGCUUGGCCCCUGAAGUAGAGCAGAAAGAAGAGGAGACCAUUCUGCCAUUACUGACGACAUCAACACCUGAACAUGUCACCUUGUCUGAGGAAGAAAGAGAGGAAAAUGAGUCUGUUUCUACUGAUUCUGCUUUCAUAUCGGAGUAUUCAGUCCCACAGGAUUUGAACUAUGAACUAGAGAAGCAAGAAGUUGAGCCAGUUUCUUCACCUAAUGUAAAACCUGUAUCUGAACAUGCAGUUUUGUCAGAAGAGGAGAAUGAUGAAUUUGAGCUUUAUUCCCCAGCUUCAGCCUCUGCAUCUGUCUCACCAUCCACAACUGAGAAGACUCCUGAAUGCCAGUCCCCACUGUUUUCAACAGCUACAUCAGAGCACAUGGUCCUGUCCAGAGAAGAGGCUUCAGAAAAUGGGCGUUACACACCACAUUCCACAUCUGCUUCUGAAUAUUCAAUUCCCUCAUGGGCAACAAAAGAGUCACCAAAGAAAACAACUGACCAUAAGUCCCCAUUAACAUCAAAAGGUGUGUCUGAGCCCCUGAUUCUGUCAGAAGAAGAGAAGGAAGACACUAGGCUGUAUUCCCCAGAGGUGGCCUCUGUAUCUGAACAUUCUCUCUCGCCAUACACAACUGAGGGGACUUCUGAAUGCCAGUCACCACUGCUUUCAACUGCUACAUCUGAACAUGUUGUCCUAUCAGAAGAAGAGAACCUAGGAAAUGAGCGUUUCACACCAGAUUCAACACUGACCUCCCAAUAUGCAGUCCCACCAAAUGUAACACAGGAAUCCCCAAAGAAAAUAAUUGGUGAUGUCUCCCUGUUGAAAUCAAAAGGUAUUUCUGAGCACAAGACUCUGUUAGAAGAAGAGAAGGAGGACACCAGAUUCUAUCCCCCAGAGGUGGCCUCUGUAUCUGAAUGCUCUCUGCCACCAUACACAACUGAGGGGACUCCUGAAUGCCAGGCCCCACCACUUUCAGCCACCCCAUCUGAACAUGUGGUCCUCUCAGAAGAAGAGACAGUACAGAUGGAGUGGUACACACCCUCUUCCACCUCUGCAUCUGAAUUUUCAGUACCACCAUAUGCAACACCGGAGUCACAGGAGGAAGAAAUUGUCCACAGCUCCCCUUUAAAUCUAAAAGGUGCCUCCUCACCCAUGAAUUUCUCAGAAGAAGAGCAAGAAGACAUUGGACCUUUUUCUCCAGACUCUGCAUUUGUGUCAGAAUUCUCAUUUCCACCCUAUGGAACUCAGGAGACAGAGAAAAGAGAAUUUGAGUGUGAUUCUCCAAUAUGUUUAACAUCACCAUCUGAACACACGAUUUUGUCAGAUGAAGAUACCGAAGAAGCUGAACUUUUUUCUCCAGACUCAGCAUCACAAGCUUCCAUCCCACCAUAUAGGAUCCCAGAAACAAAUAAGGAGAAAACUGAGCCUGAUUCACUGUUAACUGCAAUGGCUGCGUCAGGAUAUUCCUGCUUCUCAGAAGCAGAUGAGGAAGAAAUUGCACCAACUGCUACACCUGUACCCGAGCAUCUGAGUUCAUCACAGAAGCAAAGAACUGAAACUUCUCCUUUGAUGUCUGCACCUGAAGACUUGCGUUGGCUCCCUUCAACAAAUGAAGGAGAGAUUAAACCAGAUGCUCAAACAACAUCAACAACUGUAUCUGCAUAUCUCAUUAUGGUACAGAAGCAGAGAACUCGAGCAUAUUUAGAACCUGAGUCUGAAGACGUGAUUCCGCCAUGUUUAACCAGUGAUUCAGAGAAGGGAGAAAUUAAGACUAGUUCAUCACUAGCUGCAACACCUGCACAGUUGUCCAUGGUAAAGGAAGAAACCAAACCUGUUUUGCCUGUAUCUCAGUGUUCAGUUUCACCUGAUUCAGUCCAUGCAAUUAAGAAAGAACAAGAACCCAAAACAUCACUCACUCCAAAAUCUGCAGAUGAACAGAUGGCUUUGUUAAAAGUUAAAAGUAAGGAAGAAAUUGUGCCUGAUUCUCAAGAAGCUAUAGCACAUGCAUUACGGGAUCAAGAAAUGGAGCCUCAGCCUCCAAAUGUUCCAGAGUCUGGGAUGAAAGAUUCAGUUCUGCCUGACUUGGUAGAUGAGCCAAAGAAGGAUGUCAAACCCAAUUUAGCUCCAAAUGUGACAUCUGAACUAGAACAGAGAAGGUUGUCAGAGAAUGAGCCUGAAGUAAUAAAGCCAUAUUCACCUCUAAAGGAAACAUCUUUAUCUGUACCUGAGAUUUCAUCAGUAGUGAAAACAGAAGUGCAACAUGAUUCUAAAAUAACUGGUACACCUAGAGUGCUGCAUUCAGCGUCACCAGGAGUGGAAAAGGAAGUUGAGCAUGCACCACCCAUAUCAGAAUUUUCAGCUUUAUCAGAAGACAUAAAGAAAGAAAUCGAACCCAGUUCUUCAAUAACCACGACAUCUGUAACAAAGCAUGAUUCAAGCUUAACCAAAUUAGCAAAAGAAGAAAUCCCAACAGAUUUCUCUCUUACCACCCCUAUAGAAUAUCCAGUCUUAACAAAAGUAGGAAAGAGUGAAUUAGGAAUUGGUUUGCCACUUCAGGUGGUAACAUCUGUAGACAAGCAUUCACUUCUUAAAGAAGAAGACAAGGUAGCAAUUAAAGCUAGUUCUUCUCCCACUGAAACUGCUGCAUCCCAAAGUCUGGCUUGGUCAGAAGUAGGGAGAGAAAUUAAAUUUGAUUUACCUGCAAGCAUAUCCUCUAUACCAGAGCAUUCUGUUUUGUCAAAGGUAGAAACUGAAGACAUUAAACCUGGGUUGGCAGUAACCAAAACAUUGUCUUCUCAGCAUUCAGAUGUAUCAAAGGAAGCAAGGGUGGAAAACAAACAAGAUCUUUCAUUUUCUACAGUCCUUGACUCUGAAUAUUUGGAUGUAUCACAGAAAAAAAAUUCUGUGUCUGCCUCAGAGAUGUCAGGACCUGACCAUGUGCUUUUGCUCAACCUAGGUGGUGAGAUAAAGAAAACAGAAACUGAACUUCCUUCCUCACAGAACGUGUCACCUGCACUCAAAUAUAUAGUUACAAAAGGCAAAAAUGAGCAAACAGCAAGUUCCUUUCUUGAGUUAGAAUGUUUAGCAUCAGAAGAUUUAGCUUCAACAUUACCAACCCUCUGUGGUGAUAAGAGCAAACAGGCAAUGGAGACACCUUCUAUAGUUCAGGGAGAUUUCCUGUCAGAAAAACAAGAUCUUGCUCUGGCACAGCUCACUUUGGAACCUGAGAAGGAAGACAAGCCACAUCAAGUAUCAGAAUUACCAAAUUCUGGCUCUGAAUUCACUGGUGGUUUAGGUAGGCAAAGUGAAUCCAUAGAUACAAAACAAAUAAAAUCUCCCAUAACUGAAACAGGGGAUUCUGUCUUAGAAAAGGGCCUAGCUGAACUUAGGAGCAGAGGAGAAGGAAAAGAAGAAAACAGGGGACUUCAUGUGUCAACUACAGUGCCUGAAAUUUCAGAGGUUUCAUCAUGCCUUAAGGAGGAACCUCAGAUUGAAGAAAUUAAAUCUUUCUCUCCUAAUGUAGUUAGCUUAGGAUCAAGGGAAGCAUUUACCUCUCUAGUUGAAGGAGACAACCCAGAAGAACUUCAGCCAUACACUUUUUCUUUAAAAGGAUUAUCAGGAGAGUUGAGCCAUUCAGUUGACUUUAAAAAAGAAGGAAAACAAGAAAUAAGCCUGUUACUACCAACAGGAAAUUUGAAGGCACAAGUGACAGAAAAUACUGUAACUAAACUAAAUGAAGAAACUGACCAACCAAAUUCAUUUCAGGUACCCCAGAGUAUAACAGAGCCAUCAAAGAUUGCUUCUUCUGACCUCCUUGUGGAAGAAGAGAAGCCUGAAAAAGAACUUCAUUCAGACCAAGCUGUUAAAUUACCUGACGUAAGCGGAUCUUUUGCAGAUAAACAAGAUAUGGGUAUUAAACAAUUUUUGUCUAUGAAAGAAAAUUUGCCUUUGGAAGAAUCAAAAUCAUUUACGACAACUGAGCCUACAGAUGUUAAAGAAACACACAUGAAAGAGGCCCUUAUUUCUCCAAAGGAUGAAAAUUGGAUGCUGAAAAAGCCAGAGAGAGACUUGGCAAGUCAUCAUGAAGAAACAGUCCCUGGAUCUGUGCAGCUGGGUUCCUCUGGUACCAGUGAUCUGAUGACAGGGCAGCUCAAGCCUGCUCUGUCAGAGAAAGACCACGCAACUGAGAUCAGAAGGCAAAUUCUGCCACAUUCUGCAGAAGAAUCUCACUUAUCAUUACAAGAACCAGUGUCUACUCUCGAUACCUCUAGUGGUAACGUAGAGAUCUUAGCAACUAAAACUUAUUCUUCUGAAGAAAUAAAGCUGGCCCCCAAACCAAAAUCUUUAGUUCCAGCUGGAAAUGUGGAGAGAAAUGAAGCAGAAGGGAAGCAGACCCUUUCUUUAGUGGGGAGUGAAAGUUUGGUAUCGGAGAAAGCAAACACAGAAUUUUCCAGGCCUUGCAAAGAAGACAGCUGGGAAGAAAUCAAAACACCAUCUGAAAGAAUCCUCCAGAAACCAGUGUCUGGCCCAUCAGUGGAAGAGGUCAAAUCAGAAACUCUUCCCUGUCUUGCCAAAGCAGCCCAUUUCCUGGCAGAAGAGGCAGAACUUGCACUGGGCAAUGAAAAAGAAGCACACAGGCGUAUAUCUCCCUUACCUGGAGAAGAACCAAAACUGGUUCAGUCAAAGGUUGUAGAUGAUGCUGAGAGAGGGAAACCAGCAUCUGAAGUGAAAACACCCACACAAAUAAAACCCCUCUCCUCAACCCAAGAAAAAGAAGAACCUCAACCCCCAGAGUCACCUGAGGUCAUACAAAAGCUGCCCAAGCAGCAGAAGGCAGUGGAGCCAGGCCUCUCUGAGGAAAAGGGAAAGAAAGGAAUUCCACCUUUCACAUCGUGUGUGUCCAGUUUGUUUUUACGAUCAAGCACUCCAGAUAACAAAGUUGCUGAAAAAGAAGAUUUAGAAGCUCAACCAAGCCCAUCUGUAGAAAAAGUAGUGACCAUGAUAGAGCCUAGAGAUCCUGCUCCAGCUGACGUUCAUGCAACUGAGAAGCCAGUGGAUCAUCUAUUGCUAGAGGCCAAACCUGAAACUGCUGCAGAAUCCACAGGUUCUUUAGUUAAAUCUGGUGAAGGUCAAGACUUUAAAGAAAAACCCACCUUGUUAUCAAAUGUAGAAGUUUUGCCACAGCCAAAAUCCAACUUUGAGGCAUCUAGUGAAGAUUAUGGGAAGAAAGAAGUCCUAGAAUAUUCAGAGGAAAUGGACCUAAACUCAGUAGUUACUUCUGCUGAUGGUGAGGGACAUCUUAGAAUUCAAUCUUAUUCUCCCAUGGGUGAGAAAUCCAUUAUGGAAGAAGCCAAAAAUGCUGUUCGUCUUCAUAUCACUGAUGGUAAAAGACCCCAGAAGCCAGAAAUCUCCCCUCCAUCUAAAUGGAAUAUUUCUAUCCUUAAAGAAGAGCCAGGAAAUGAUCAAAAAGAAAAAUCACUCUUUUUAUUUGAUGCAAUAGAUAAGGUGCCACAACAGCCAAAAUCAGCUUCAUCUAGCUUUGCAAGUAAGAAUAUCACAGAGGAAUCAGAGAAGCUGGAGUCAAUAAUUUUGCCAGUAGAAGAAUCUAAAGACAGUUUAAUUGAUCUUGGUGAAGACAGACUAGAGAAAGAGAUGCCAAAACCUACUUCCUUGAAAAUUUCUGAAGAGGAAAUAAAACUCGGAUCUGUUAGCCCAACUGAGGAGAAAGGUAACUUGGGAAUGAGAUCAUAUUCCUUGGAAGAAAAGAAGGUGCUGGCAGAAAAACAAGAAACGGUGACCCCAUUAGAGCUUAGAGGUAGUAAUGAAAUAGGGAAGGCACAAAUUACACAUGGAUCUAGCCCUAUUAAAUUGGAAGAACCAAAAGCUGCUACUGCGCUGCAGCAAGUCUAUCAAAAUGAAGACCACAGAGAAAGAGACAAAAUUAUUGAGGAGGAUAAAGGAGAAGAAAAAGAAGAGCAGUCACAUGCAUUUUUAGAAGGAAAAGAGCAGCAGGAAAUUCAGCCUUAUUCCAUGAAUAUAGCCAGGCAUAUGCCUGAAGAGUCAGAUAUCUCUUUCAGUCAUUCUUUGGGUGAAAUUCAACCAUAUUCAUUAGUUAAAACUACAAAAAUUACUGAAAAAUCAGAAACCAUGAUCUCAGAGGCUCACCCAGAAAUCAGGGAAACAAAGGCAGUAGGAACCCAACCACAUCCAUUAGAAGAAUGUAAAGUUUUGGUGGAGAAAACCAAGACUUUCCUUCCAGUAGAUCUUCCUUAUCGUGAUGAAAUAAAUGAUCACUCUUUACCGAAGGAAGGAAAUCUGGUAUUGGACAAGUCAAGCAAGGAUGUGGUAAGUCACAAUGAAGAAAAGGGACAGGUCACAGCGUCAGAGCUGCCAAAAGGUGGCUCAGUAGAUACAACAAAAGAAAGUAAACAAGCAUCUCCAUCUAAAGAAUCUGAAAGGAUUUUAGAUCCAUGGUCAGAAUUGACUCCAGAGAGGCAUAUGGUCCAUACUAUUCUAACAUCUCAAGAUCAAGCAUCUGAAAUGUCUGAACAAUCUGUUCUUGUUUCAAAGCACCACUUGGAAGCUGUGGAAGAUGCCCAUGUAAAUGAACCGCGCUCUUCAGUGAGCAGCAACUAUGCUCAAUUUAUAACUAAUGCAUCAACAAUCAGUAUUGCUGAGAUGAUUUCCAAGGAGCCUGAAGACACAUAUGUAAGAGAUGAAGAAUUUACAGUGACUAGUAAGCCAGCUGGACUUUCAGAAGAGCAAAAGAGUGCCUUCAGUAUCAUUUCUGAAGGUUGUGAGAUAUUGAACAUUCAUGCUCCUGCAUUUAUUUCUUCAGUUGAUGAGGAAGAAAGUGAACAAAUCCAAGAUAAGUUAGAAUAUUUGGAAGAGAAGGCCUCAUUUAAGCCUAUACCCUUCCAUGAUGAGAGUGAGGCAGUUGCUUGCCAUAAAGCAUUACAGAGUAAGUUAGAAGAUUCUGAUAAAAAAGUUACACCAUCGAAAGAAGACCAAAAAAAGGAAACUCAUACAACCAAAGAGGAGAUAUCCACAGAUUCAGAAACUGGUGAUUUAGCCUUUAAUCAGCCUGCAAUUCCCAGUGAAGAGGAUUAUUUUGAAAAAUAUACACUGAUUGAUUAUAACAUCUCCCCAGACCCAGAAAAACAGAGAACUCCAUGGAAAUUAAAUGUUGAAAGAGAGCUGUCAAAGGAAGUUCCAGGAGAAACUGUCUCUCUCCCAGAAUGUUCAGAGGAAAGUGCCCUAGAAUAUGAAUAUGAAUUGGUGAAAUUAGAUGAAAGUUUUUAUGGACUAGAAAAGGACUACAGCAAAUUAUCUGACCCAGAGACCCAAAAGUCUUCGGUUAUCCAAAAAUCAGCUGACAGAGAUGCUCCAAAGAGCAUAAAUAGAGAUAUGGCCUCAAAGUCACCUGGGAUGCCUUUAUUUGAUGAAGAGGAAGGAGUUUUGUCACGAACCCAGAUAUUCCCUACCACUGCUAAAGCCAUUAAUCCUGAACUUCUGGAGGAGCCACCUGCACUGGCAUUUUUAUAUAAAGAUCUGUAUGAAGAAGCAGUUGGAGAGAAAAAGAAAGAAGGGGAAACAGCUUCUGAAGGUGACAGUGUGAAUUCUGAAGCAUCAUUUCCAAGCAGAAAUUCUGACACUGAUGAUGGAACAGGAAUAUAUUUUGAGAAGUACAUACUCAAAGAUGACAUUCUCCAUGACACAUCUGUAACUGAAAAGGACCAAGACCAAGGUCUAGAAGAAAAGCCAGUUGGUAAGGGUGAUUCAUACCAACCAAUAAUUGCAGAAGGGGAAAUUUGGGGGAGGUUUGAAACUAUUUGCGGGGAGGAGAGUCUGGAAGAGAAACAGAAAGCAGCUUACAGGGAAGGAGAAUCAGUAGGCCACGUGGAGGCUCUUGACAGUGUAGCUAUGCAGAGGAAAGCUUCCAUCACCGAGGAAGUCAGAGUGGUUACCCAGAGGAUAAGCUAUGCGGUUCCAUUUGAAGACACUCAUCAUGUCCUGGAGAGAGUAGAUGAAAUGAGCAGCCAAACUAAUGAAGCAGCAAAUGCAAAUCCAGAGGUCAGUCUGAAUGUCCCAGUACAAGUGUCCUUCCCAGAGGAAGAAUUUGCAUCUGGUGCAACUUGUGUUCAAGAAACACUGCAAGAAGAACCUCAAAUAAUGGUUCCCCCUGAGCUGAGUGAAGACUGGCUCCGCAGUAGCCCUGUUCAGGAUGAGUAUGAAUUUGCUGAAUCCCUGAAUUACGAAGUGGUUACUCAAGACACUUUAUCAGAAGAACUGUAUUCAGAAUCCACCCCUGAAGAUGUGUUAUCUCAAGGAAAGGAAUCCUUUGAACAUGUCAGUGAAAAUGAAUUUGUGAGUGAGGUGGAACAAAGUAAGUCUGCUGAACAGGAAGAGUUGGACAGAGAGAUGACAGAACAAGACCAGUUAUCGUCAGAGUUGGUAACCGAGAAGGAACAAAAGGAAUUGAAAAAGUCCCAGAUUGACACAUAUUGCCACACAUGUAAAAGCCCAAUUUCUGCUGUUGACAAGCUGUUUGGCACCCACAAAGACCAUGAAGUUUCAACGCUUGAUACAGCUAUAAGUGCUGUAAAGGUUCAAUUAGCAGACUUUCUAGAAGAUUUACAAGAAAAAUCCUUGAGGAUUGAAGCCUUUGUUAGUGAGAUAGAAUCCUUUUUUAAUACCAUUGAGGAAAACUGUAGUAAAAAUGAGAAAAUGCUAGAAGAACAGAAUGAGGAAAUGAUGAAAAAGGUUUUAGCGCAGUAUGAUGAGAAAGCCCAGAGCUUUGAGGAAGUGAAGAAAAAGAAGAUGGAGUUCCUACAUGACCAGAUGGUCCACUUUCUGCAGAGCAUGGACACUGCCAAGGACACCCUGGAGACCAUCGUGAGAGAAGCCGAGGAGCUUGAUGAGACCAUUUUCUUGACUUCGUUUGAGGAAAUCAAUGAAAGGUUGCUUUCUGCAAUGGAGAGCACUGCUUCUUUAGAGAAAAUGCCUGCUGCGUUUUCGCUUUUUGAACAUUAUGACGACAGCUCGGCAAGAAGUGACCAGAUGUUAAAACAAGUGGCUGUUCCACAGCCUCCUAGAUUAGAACCUCAGGAACCAAAUUCUGCCACUAGCACAACAAUUGCAGUUUACUGGAGCAUGAACAAGGAAGAUGUCAUUGACUCAUUCCAGGUUUACUGCAUGGAGGAGCCACAAGAUGACCAGGAAGUAAAUGGUAGGAUUGCUAACACAAAUUCAGAUUUGGUAGAAGAAUACAGAGUGACCGUGAAAGAAAGCUACUGCGUUUUUGAAGAUUUAGAACCUGACCGAUGCUAUCAAGUAUGGGUAAUGGCUGUGAAUUUCACCGGAUGUAGCCUGCCCAGCGAAAGGGCAAUUUUUAGAACAGCGCCCUCCACCCCUGUGAUCUGUACCGAGGACUGUACUGUGUGUUGGAACACGGCCACCAUCCGAUGGCGGCCUGCCAACCCAGAGGCCACUGAGACCUACACUUUGGAGUACUGCAGACAGCACUCUCCCGAGGGCGAGGGCCUCAGAUCUUUCUCUGGAAUUAAAGGACUCCAACUGAAAGUUAACCUCCAACCCAAUGACAAUUACUUUUUCUACGUGAAAGCCAUCAGUGCAUUUGGGACAAGUGAACAGAGUGAAGCUGCCCUCAUUUCCACCAGAGGAACGAGAUUUCUCCUGCUGAGGGAAACGGCUCACCCCGCUCUGCAGAUUUCCUCAGAUGGGACGGUGAUCAGCUUCGCUGAGAGGAGGCGGCUGACAGAAAUCCCAUCAGUGCUGGGUGAGGAGCUGCCUGCCUGUGGCCAGCACUACUGGGAAACCACUGUCACAGACUGCCCAGCCUACCGACUGGGUGUCUGCUCCAGCUCGGCAGUGCAGGCCGGUGCCCUGGGACGAGGAGAGACCGCGUGGUACAUGCACUGCUCUGAGCCGCAGAGAUACACAUUUUUCUACAGUGGCAUUGUGAGCGAUGUCCACGUGACGGAGCGUCCCGCCAGAGUGGGCAUCCUACUGGACUACACCACCCAAAGGCUCCUGUUUAUAAACUCUGAGACUGGACAGUUGCUCUUCAUCAUCAGGCACAGGUUUAAUGAGGGCGUCCACCCUGCCUUUGCUCUGGAGAAACCCGGAAAAUGCACUUUGCACCUGGGAAUAGAGCCCCCAGAUUCUGCAAGGCACAAGUGAUCGUUGGCUUUUAGAGUUUGCAAGAACAAAAUUCAAAUGUGGGGGCUCCGUGGUUCUUUCCUGUGGGUGCUAGACAUUAUUCAAAACGUCUUCUGCACAUUAGCGCUAGUAAUAGCUCCAUGCACCGUGGUCGGCACGCGAGCAAAACCACCAAGAAAACUGUGACUUUCCAGAGCGUCACGUGAGUAAAGAGGAUGGAAAAAGCAACCUCCGCCUUUUGGUUUAUAUACGUUUGAGUUUUUCCCUAAGUUAAAAGGAUUUAUACCUGACUUGGGAAUCAAAAUAGUGAAAUGGACUCCCACCUGUUUCCCUGGUAGAAGAAAUCCUCAGAUAGACAGGUCUGAGUGAAGGGAAGGCUGUGCUGGUGGUACAUCUUCUCCGACAAGAAACGCUGGCCUUUUCCACAAGAAAAAUGUCACCUCACCUCACUAAAGGAUGCGGAGUCCAAAUCAGCAGAGAAAGUGUUUUAACCAUUCAAAGCUGAUAACGAACUCUUUUGUAAUCAUUAUAUACUGUAGAACACGAGUCUCUUUUCCCUGAAAUUUUAAAUGUAGAAAAGUGCUAGAUAUUAGAAAUUUCCAUUUUGUUAAAUAAAUGGUUAGAGUCUAUAAAACAAAACAUGUUAUGUGAACUUAUUGCAUGUGACUUGUGAGUCUGGCAUCUCUGGACGGGACAAACUGCGAAUAAAGAGCCAUCAUGCUGCA